AUGUCCUCCCAGCAGAGCUCCCAGUUCAGCGUGGAUCGCUACGUCGUCAUUCACGUCGCUACCACCUGCGAUGAACACGGUGUCUACGUUACGAAGGAUUCUGCCGAGGUCAUUGAGCUUGGCUGGAUCCUGCUCGAUGCUAACACUCUCGAGGAGGCAUGUCUCAACCAACUCUUCCUCGCACUUGACAAUACCCAAUCGAGCCUGACUACCCUCACUUGGGAGCACGUCCGAAACGCGGGAACCUUUAGGGACGCCAUCUCUCGAUUCGACGCUUUUGCUACUGAGUACCUGACCUCCAAGAAUGUCGAUUUCGCGUUUGUCACUCUCGAUGCAUGGGACCUCCGAGUUCAGCUUCCCCGUGAAGCUCGCGACAAGGCUGUCGUCCUACCCCCAUAUCUCCAACACUCCCGAACCUUCGACCUCCGCACUGAAUACCAGCGCUGGCAGCAGCACCACCCCGAAUCUUUGCCGUUCGGUCCCUCCAUGCUCUCCAACAUAUGUGCCGCGCUCGAGGUUGAGCCAGUUCAGUCCAGCGCACCGAUUAAACAUAACCUCCCCUUCCACCUCCAGGCAUUGGCUCCCGCCUCGCCUCGCCGUGCCAUGGAGGAGGCCAUUACACUCGCCCGAGUCCUCCGCGGCCUGAUUCGCAAGUCUCAACCCCCUCAGGAGCACCCUGAUGUAUUGACCCGGCCCAUGGAUGCCAGAGCCGACGUUCGUGCUUUCCUUUCUGAGAGAAGCAAAGUUCUUCACAUGUCUGGCCUGCCCCACGAUACCACCCAGUCCGAGCUCGAGAGUUGGUUCACCCAGUUUGGAGGCCGUCCUAUUGCAUUUUGGACCCUUCGGACUCCGGAGCAGCACAAGCCUACUGGCACUGGCUUUGCCGUCUUUUCCUCUCAUGAGGAGGCUGCUGAAAGUCUCUGUAUGAACGGCAGAGCCCUCAACGAAAAGGCCAUUGAAGUCUCCCCGUCUUCGAGCAGAGUUCUCGACCGUGCCCAGGACAUUCUCACGCCUUUCCCCCCCAGCAAGAACCGUCCUCGCCCCGGUGACUGGACAUGUCCCUCCUGCGGCUUUUCCAACUUCCAGCGCCGAACCGCCUGCUUCCGGUGCUCAUUCCCUGCUGCCGGUUCCGGACCUGGUGGCGACAACUUUAGCUAUAGCGGCGGUGGAAGCGGAAGCUAUGGCCCUCCUCAGAUGAUGCCGCCCCCGCAUCAUGGUGGUCACGGCCACAUGGGCCAUGGUGGACGCAUGGGUGGUGGCGGCGGAGGUGGCGGCGUUGUUCCUUUCCGUGCUGGUGAUUGGAAGUGUGGCAACGAGGUCUGCGGCUACCACAACUUUGCUAAGAAUGUAUGCUGCCUUCGCUGCGGGGCUAGCCGCGCCAGCGCUGCUGUUGUGGCCGAUUCGGGAUACCCGUCUCCAAUGGACAACUCGUCUCAGUACAGCAUGGGCCAGGGCUCCAUGGGAGGUACUCCCGGCCCCGGCCCUUUCAACUCGGGCAACACGUUCAAUGCUGGAGCGGGCUACAACCAGCAUUUUGGUGGCCCCCCAAGCCACUUCCUUCCCUCUGGCUUGGCGGGCGGCGCUGGCGGCUACCCCGGCUCCAUGAACAACCAGGCCUUUGGCCCUGGCCCGGGCUCUCACGGAGCCGGCCCCUUUGAUAGCCGUGCUGCCGAGGCUGCUUUCCAGUCUGCCACGAACGGUCCUGCUUCUGGAGCCGGUCCUGCACAUGGCAACUAUUACAACAGCGGUCCUGCCAACGAGAACGACCCAUUCGCAUUCCUCUCCACCGGCAUGGGUGGCCUCGCGGUCGGUGGAAACGACGGUCGACAAAACGGGGGAGCGGCCCCUCCCAACAAGUCGCCUGCUUGA